CUUAUUUGGUUGUCUUCCGUCGGCUGUCGGCUAUUAUGCCAACAGCGGAAAUAAUCAUGUCGCUAUCACCCUGCGAUGCAACAUCACCAAUGCCACUAGGUCGAUCAGCUCCUAGAUCUCGGAGCGGUUGUUGGACAUGCCGAACCAAGAAGGUCAAAUGCGAUGAGAUACGGCCUGUUUGCCGACGAUGUGUCCGCCUCAAGCUCAACUGCGAUUAUGAACCCCGGCUCCGCACCUUUCCUAAAGGGUCCCCUGUCGGAACGUUUGUCCAUUCAAGCCUCGACUUCUCUCGCCUUGAGCCGACGCCUCGACAAGAUGGUCAGGACGAGUCUAGUUGUGGGAAUCCUCGGUCUGAGACUGAGGAGGUCUCCUCCGCAAUAACGCCCUCGUUGAAUACACCCUUACAAUGGGGAACUUACGGCAUGGAACUCGGGAAUGAAGAGGUUGAAGCGAUACAGUACUUUCGAGAGUCAUUUUCGCCAUUGUAUAUCAUGAAGAAGCCACAAUACUCUGCAUUCGCCAUCAUGUUGCGUCUUGCUACGCAUGAGCCUCUUGUACUGCACAUGGUCCUUGCGAUUGGAGGUUGCGGUAUUGAUUACAGGCACCAAUGGCAUGGGAGACGGUAUUGUGUAUCGGGAGCACAAUCGAAAGAUGGUCCCUCGAAAUACCGAAGACUUGGACUCAGGCACUAUUCCGAGGCAUUGCGAGAACUACAUACGAUCUUGGGCGACAACGCAACAGCCGAGUCAGCCAAUCUUGAUUCACUGACGAGUGGAUUGGUCCUCAUGAUUAUGUAUGAACAGCUCCACGGCGACGCCAAAUGCAGGGGCUUAGCGAGCCAUCUGAAUGGAGCAGCACUUAUCCUUAAGCAUCACUACGCCGAUAUCCUGCACCGAGCUGGCGAUGCAGAUCAGUCAGUACCUUUGAUGAGGGCGGCUGAAUCAGGCAGUCCUCGGCACCUAUCUCAAUUUUGCGCUCGCUUGAUAACAAGGAUUUGCGGGAUGGAUGCAACCGCUUCAUCAUUUGGACUGGGCGGCCAAGUCACUAGAGUUCUCGGCGAAAGUUUACCGGAAAAUGAUGACAAGAGCAGUUUGCCGACAGGUCCAAUCAAAAGACUGUCCAGACUAGACACUUAUUCUGGAUCGCUCUACCGUUCAGUCUGGGGUGAUGACUACCCCGCAGGAGAGCUAGUGGAUGACCUAGAGAACCAGCAGGUCUUUGAACUGUUGGGGGCUAGUGUUCAGCUACGGUAUCUAAUAUCCGAGCUGACGAGUCUUCAACCCAUUGGUGGUUUGGCUGUCGUUGAUGCUGUCAGAAAGGUUGAGGCUACCAUCCACGAGACGAGUGAGAGGCACAUGAACAUUCUUGAUUUUGCAUCACGGCUCACUUCAGCCACCAACAACUCCCACUCCAUGGUAGCAACUAUACGCUCUAUAGUACCUAUAUACUACACCGAGAUACUCGACUUUCUUCGGAUCGCUCGCAACAUCCGCCCUCCCCUCCAUAUCAAACUGAACGAUAGCAAGACAAUUCGCAAUAUCAUGAAUCUAGCUUACCAAGCUUACCAACACGGAGGAGACGUUGCCAUGGUCAGGAUUGCCCGCCCAUUAUUCCUGGUUUCUCUAGAAACAGAUGAGGAGCUCCAUAUCUCGUGGAUUCUUGAGAGAUUUAAAGGGUUGGCUCAGUUUGGAGAACAUUUUGCACGGGCAAGAGACUUUCUGGAGAGAAUUUCUCUGAUGCAGCCAGAGUCCAGAACAAGGAUCGAUUUACGUACGGCCUUCUCAAACCAGGCCACAUCAAUAUGCUUAUGCCUAAUGUAAGGAUUGGUAAAGGAGUAAAUCUUGAACAUCAAUAAUCUCAUUGUUCGAGACUCUUGUGGCAGCCGCUCUUCCUCAUCCCGCGUUUGUAUCCCUUGUUUCCGAGGUAAACGGCUCUUAUCGCAGCGCCAGGCGUUGGCCUAUGGAUGUGAAGCGGCAUAAUAACUUGUUAUCAUGAACCCAAUCGAUCUCAUGCUACCCACAUAAUCUACCCCGUGUUAUCUCCC